CCUAUGGGCGCCGUACGCACCACGUGCCGUGUAGAUAAUGACCGUCGUAUCCGAAACCGGUUCCAUCAGCUUGGCAGGCUCUGGCUCGUCGAACGUUCUUUCACCAAUUUGAUUACGCAAAUUCAGGGUUUUCUUACUUUUGAUCAGGUUAGAAGUUGUUAAAUGACCGGAGAAUUAGAGCUAGAAGCUAGGGGUUUGGAAAACCCUAGCGAUUCAGAUCCUCUGCUGCCGAGUCACCAACGCGCUGAUUCUGAAUCACCUUCGUCGUCUCCAUCGUCACCGCCGGCCGCCGCGAGUUCUAUUGAGGUAAAAGAUGAAGAUGUUGAAGAAGGUUCGAUAGCUACCUGUCGUAUUUGCCUUGAGUGCGAUGGAGAGGAAGAUGAUGAUCUGAUAUCUCCAUGCAUGUGCAAAGGUACCCAACAGUUUGUCCAUCGUUCAUGCCUUGAUCAUUGGAGAUCUGUCAAGGAAGGUUUUGCCUUUUCACAUUGCACAACUUGCAAAGCCCAGUUUCAUCUUCUAGUUGUUGAGUUAGAAGAAAACUCAUGGCGCAAAAUAAAGUUCAGACUAUUUGUUGCCAGAGAUAUGUGCCUUGUGUUUUUAGCUGUACAAACAGUGAUUGGAAUGAUGGGAGGUCUAGCAUAUAUUGCUGAUAAAGAUGGGUCAUUCAGAGAUUCAUUUAAUGACAGUUGGGAUCGUAUAUUGUCAAGGCAUCCUAUACCAUUCUACUAUUGUAUAGGGGUACUUGUCUUCUUUGUGUUGCUUGGAUUUUUUGGGAUUAUACUACACUGUUCAUCUUUAAAUAAUGAUCCAAGAAUGGCUGGGUGUCAAAACUGUUGUUAUGGAUGGGGGAUAUUGGAUUGUUUUCCUGCAUCAAUGGAAGCUUGUUUUGCUCUUGUUAUUGUUUUUGUGGUUAUUUUUGCCAUUCUUGGUAUUGCCUAUGGCUUUCUUGCUGCCACCAUGGCUAUUCAAAGGAUUUGGCAGAGACAUUAUCACAUCCUCACCAAAAGAGAACUUACACAGGAGUAUGUAGUGGAGGAUCUUCAUGGGUGCUACACCCCUGCGAAACUAGAACCAGAGCAUAUAGAGCGCUUAAAGAUGUUAAAGCUUUUGUAAUACAAAGUUGUGUAGCUCAUAUGAAAGAACGAAUAUGAAUACUUCAAUUUGUGUAACAUACUCACAUUUUGUUGAUUUAAUUGGGCAAAAAAAAACAACUUUCAUAGUUUA